CGUCAGCAUCGGACGUGCGUCGUGGCGAAUAAAUAUUUACCAUAGUUGUGGAAAAUCGCAGCGGAGCGUGCGGCGUGCGUAAAAGUCUCCGGAAUUUGCACUUAACAUUUUCGCAAAAUAACUAAAUAAAAUCAAUGCAGCGAAUGUACAAAUGACAGUCGGCGAGGCGACUCAUUAAAACAAUUUACCCAGACACGAUAAAUACGGACCAUAAAUACGAGGACACAACAGGGUAAACAUAAUUAAUGACGCUGCUACUGUUGUUGUGAAGUGCGUUCGUGUGUUAAAUAAAAAUCCAAAUUAAUUGCAUUUCAAGCAUUUUUAAAUACGCAUCGAGUGCCGCUGUCAAUCGGCUGGAUUUUCUGCGGUUUCACUGGGGCGAACAUAAACAACAGAGCUCUGGAUCCGAAUCAGCAUCCGAAUCUGAAUCAGAACUCAAGUGGAGUGUUGUGAGUGUGGCCAGCGUUUCGGUGGGUCGCUUGUUGUGCGCGCAAUUUCCGGUUUCCGCUUCCGCCGGAGCAACGUCCGUGUCCGGCCGACUAGGCGCAACAUUAAUUUGCCAGCAGCAAAAGAGUAAUAACAGCUCACACAACAACAACAACAAAAAAAUUCCGAGUUUUUUUGGCCAAAAGAUAAACAAGACAGAAAAGUGCUCCAUUUCCGUCUAAAGAGUAGACUUAAGCUCUUAGAAUAAUAUUGAAAAAUAUUUAAAUAUACGAAAACUCAAGUCGGUCUAAAAACGUUUCUACAAAGUGAUACCUACUUAACAGAUUCCUCUACAAAUAGUACACAUGUGCCAACCUGAAAGCUGAGCGGUUUCGGACGGGAAAAACGUCGAACAGGAAUAUACAUACCAACGAAUUCCGGGAUAAGUGAUGAAGUCAUGAGACCGACAUUCGAUCGACGCCUCUGGAUAUUAUUGUUCAUUAUUUCAGUACAAUGUACCACCUAUACACAACCACAGAAUAUCAACGCCAAGUCAGUGCAGAAGACAAAUCCCGCCGAGCGUCGAGAAGCCACCAGCAGGAGCAGCAGCAGCCUCAGCUGGCCAAGCAUAUCAGCCGAGUCAGUUGACCACCGCGGCGGCAUUGGUAAGCCGGAAAAAUGCGGCAAGAACUGCCAGAAGGCCAAAACCAAGAGCAAGGCCAAGGCCAAGUGGGCCAAGUGGCGGGCGCAGUUGAAGCCACAUCACCAGGCCCAAUCCCACCGGGCGGUGCUGCACAAGGAGGCCAGGCGGAGGCAGCGCCGCGAGACCGAGGAGGAGUUGCUGGACUCCAUUCUGAGCUCCAGCUCGACCAGCACCUCCACGGCGAUGGCCACCACAGUCCAGGCCAUCGGCUCUAGUUCCCUGGCCACCCGGAGCUCCUUCUUCAAUGAAACGAAGGUUAAGCGGCCGCGAUCCACACUCCAUUUGGCGCCCGAGGAUAUGCAGCCCAAGCGGAAGGAGCCGGUGAUCAUCAUCGACGAUGUGGAGGAGUUCGACAGUGGCACCAGCACCAGUGACCUCAUCGCACGCAAGAGUCGCGAGGAGGCGGAGGAGGAGGAGGACGAGGGUCCUCUGGAGCCGCGGGUCCUGCCCCUGCGUCCCGUGCCCCCGAAUCCCUACGAGGCCGAGGAGAUGUCCGUGGUGUACGCCGAGCAGCACUCCGAGAUCAAGCUGAUGUGCGAGGUGGACCUGGACAUUGCCACCAGCAUGUGGUACAAGAAUGGCCAGGUGGUGCACGCCAUGGACCGCACCGCCCGCGUCACCGACUACCGCUUCAUCAAGGAGGCUAAUGGGGCACUAACCAUCACCAACGUGAUGCUCGAGGACGACGGCAAGUGGCAGUGCGAGGCGGAGAACACGCGGCGCUACACGGAGAACGCCCGACCCGUCAAGCUGGUCGUCCUGGAUCGUCCCAAGCCGCCGUAUCUGCUAAUCGAUUCGCGGCGCCUGGAUGCCAGCAAUUUGUUCGUGCCCGUGAAGGAGAACUCGGAGCUGAACCUGGCCUGCGUCAGCGAGGGCGGCAACCCGCGACCCACGCUCACCUGGGAGGUGCUCCUCAGUCCAGGUGUGGACCGGCAUGCCCAGAAGGUAUCCGCCGAGGUGCUGGAGCUGGAGGAGAUCAAGGGCGAGAAGGUCGACAAAGAUGGCUACAAAAUCAACAGUGGCGCGAAGAGCGAGGCCCGUUUGCCGGCGGUCUAUAGAGCCCAUCACAACGCUCGGAUCCUGUGCGUCAUGGAACAUCCCACUCUCAAGAUUCGCCAGAACGCCUCGCUUUUGCUGGAUGUCCAAUACACGCCCUCCUUCGCCAUUUCGCGCACACCUGGCUUCGGUUAUCCACUCCGCGAGGGCAUCGAAGUUAGCCUCAAGUGCGACGUCGACUCCAAUCCCCCGAGUACUCCGCGCUGGCAGAAGGACGACGGUGACACGCCGGUGCCGCAAACGGGCGAUGGUUUCCUCAACUUCACCUCGAUAAGGCGUGAACACUCCGGCUGGUACAAGUGCACGUCCCGGCACCUCAACUUCCAGUACUCGUCGAUUGGCUAUUACCUCAGUGUGCGAUUCGAUUCGGUGGAUGUGACCUCGGAGCCGGAUGAUCAGGAUGUUUCCGUGGCAGCUGCCUCGCACAAUCCCAACAAGGGCCAGCUGGAAGUGCAGCUGGGCGGAGCGGUUACCCUGCAGUGUCCUCAAGGCUCCCUGGGCUGCUGGUCGCACUUGGACCCCAUUUCGGCCCGGUUGCGUGGCCUUGGCUAUGGCAGCAGCCAGCCCACGGGCCAGUUCUCGCUCAAGGACGUCAUGUACCAGGAUGCGGGCAUGUACAAGUGCGUGGGCCAGUCCCCGACCAACAAGAAGAAGCUGGAGGUCCUGCAGAGCGUCACUCUGUCUGUGAAGGGCGCACCCACAGUAAUGGCUCUCAAUGCCACGCCCAUCGCCUAUCCGGGAUCGCCCCUGCACCUCAAUGUGGAGUUCUGUGCCAAUCCGCCGGCUCAUGCCGCCCGCUGGUUGCACGGCGAUCGGGUCUUCACGCCCGGGAAUCAGUAUGGCACCACGGUGCUGGCCUACGCGGUGAAGGAUCUGCCCACGCCCUUCUGCAAGGAGGCGCGACUGACCUACGUGAGCAUGCACGAACGGGUGCCGAGGACCUUCUACUUCAUAGUGUCCUCGCCGGGCGGUGUGGCCGAGGCGGUCUUCAAUGUGAACUUCACCAAGCGCCAUCGGCAGCUGUCCAAUUCCAUUGAUGACGACGACGAGGAGGAGGAGCUCAAUCGGCCGGAGCAGAUCCACUUUCCCGUCUUCAAUCUUGGCCCUGCCAAUGAGUGUGGCGGGUGGGCGGUGGUCUUAGCACUGGUUUUAGUCCUGGCAAUUAGAGACAGGCAUUAGAUUAAGGUCGGAUCGUGUGAAAGUAGAAGAUGAAUGAAUGAUUUCUUUGGGAGUGACUGACGCGUUUAUUACACCGAAUGUUCUAUGUAACCUAACCCCUAUGGCUAAGCAUACGUAUGGAUUUACCCAAUUACUCGACAUUACCAAGUGGACUAUGCUACACAACUACUACUCUUUAUAGCAAUAUGUAUGUGUAUCUGUAACCAAUUUAGCCAAACAUCAAAAUUGCCCUAGGCUAAGAUCCCAGGCCCAUCAGUAUCCUUAAAAGAAGAACACUUUUCUAGACCCCCUCCCCUCAAAAGAGGAAUCGACUCUUUAACCCUAAGCUAUUCGAAUAUUUUUACUGUAACCCCUAGCUGUAACUGUAUCGGUAACUGUAACCUUAUCGCUGUAUGUCAAUGUGUAUGAGUGUGCGCUUAACUUAAAUGCCAAAGCCAGAAAUCGUAAGGACAAGUUUACAAUUCAUUGGGAAAACAUUGUUAAACGUUGAUUAUUACGAAUACUUUAUGUUCCUUUUCGAUGACGAAGAGAGAUCGAGAAAGUGACUGAUUUUGUUAAAUAUUUUGAAAAUGUUUAGUACUAAAAGCACAAGGAGAAGAACUUAUAGUUUAAUAUUGUAAAUGAAGAAGCUAAAGACGAAGUAAUACUUACCAGGCACGAACAAAUUCCUUCCAUUUGAAAAAUUUGCCCCAGAGCAAAGAAACUGUAAGAUAUUUUGGGAAAUGAAAUUAAGCGAAUGAUCAAAAGAGUUUUAACCUAAACAAAUUGGGUUCUAUUAAGCAUUAAAUCGCACCUUUUAGUUUCUUAUGAUUUUCCAAUCGUUUGAAAGGACCAAAAACUAAUCGUUUUCAUUUACUACGAAUAUUUUUAUAACACAAAAGUAAACAUAAUGAUAGCCCCAAACACAAAUGAGAGACCCUCCACAUAAGCGAUAAUUGUAUAUAAAUGUUCAAGUAGAGAAUUGCUCAACCAACGGGGAAAACCAAAAAUCUAAAAUAUAUGAUAUAAAAAGUGUUAAAUGUUGUUUGAAAGCAAAAGUAAAGCGAUUAAAAUAUCAAAUGUAGCGGUUCCACGAGUAAAUUAAACAGUAAUGUAUGUAAUAUAACAGAUCGCAGCCGCAUAACUGUUCGAUUACUAGCUAUUGUAAAAUAUUUCAGUUUAAAGAUCACCAAAGAGCCAGCGAUAUCGUUUGCUUUCCAAAGAAUUUUUUGUACAAAGCCCAAGCUUUUGUAAUUUAUUUCUUAGACGAUCUAAGCUUCAGAUUAUUCUAUAUCCUAUGCGCAAUAAAUAUAAAUAAUAUAUAUCUGUAGGUUAAGCGAUCAGUGUAAAAACCAGAAAUACUUAGAAGAACCUAACGCCAAUUUAAGCCACAGCAAAAAUUACAUUUGCAGAGUUCCAAGAAUUCUGGCAACAGCGGAGAGCAUUGUAAAAUGAUAAGUUUAAAUUGAGAUUUAAUUAAUAAUUAAUACGAAUAUACAUAUAUGGUGGAGUAUGCCCGCAAGCAUAUCUGUAUGUGUGUACCCUAUGUAUAGUUCAGUUUAGUGAUUUCGCUCCUUGGGUUUAUUGUCAGCAAAAAUUUGCGAAUUGUAUGAACAAAAUAAGCAAACAAACACGUCGUCAUGUUAACUAACAAAUAAAUUACUAUACAAGUGAAUGGUCAGUGCGUACUGUAUUUAUGAUUCAUUGUGUUGGUAAUAUUUACAAAAUAUUAUUUAUAACGAAGCCAACAAACAACAAACAAACAAACAUAUAUUACUAAAGAAAAUAUUAGCUCCUAAGUGCAACACAAACCGAAUGUGGCAAAUUAAUUUUAAACCAAUGAGUAAUUACGAUACGAGAGACAGAAUGUUCAUCUGUAGUGCAAAAUGUUUGGGAGAAGGGACACUAAUAACCCAUAAAAUUACGAAUACAAAUACAAAUACAACAAUACGUGUUACAAUAAGCAGAAACGGUUUACAUAUAUAAGUCAUAGGCCCAAGAGAAAUGUAAGCAACCACCACCAACAACCACAACAAAAACACUUUUAGCCGUAAACGAAGCCUCGGAGAUGGAUAUUGAGAUGGAGAUUGAGAUGGCCAGAAAGUUCAAGCGAGGAGCAGAGCAGGCCGGAUAAAACAUAAAGCCCACAACAGAAUCAAAAUCUAACUCUUAAGCGACCCCGUACACUGCCCGGCAAUGCAAUAACUCCAAAUUCUUGACUGGGGUCAGGCCACCCGGCCAGCAAACUGUUACAUUUAAGCCAAAGUCGCAGGGCAAGUGGCCAGGUCAGGGCAGCCUGCCGAGGAAAUUUACAAGUUUAAGUGACAAAGCAACAAAACAAAAUAGCCAAUUUAGCAUAAAGUAAAACACAAGCCGAGAAGAAUGCAAAUAAAAAUGCAGAUAAAAAUGAAAGGCGAGGGGAGCGGCGAAAA